AUGCUCUUCGCUCUCUCACGUAUCGUAGUAGCAUUUCUUGGCCUUGCUGCUCUCCCGUUUGUCACUUCUGCCCCAGCUUCAAAUCUUACUUCUCUCGACCUCAGCACCGAAGCUCGCGAUAUUUUGUCUCGGGCUGUUCCUUCCCCUCCUCACUUCCUAAUAUACAGCGACCAGCCAGUUUCUGGAGAGCUGGGACCACCACCGGUAUCAGAGAUUGCGGGGUUUAAUGUCUUUGCCCUCGCAUUCCUGCUCGUCGAUGGUGCAUUCGACAAGGCAAAAGAGUGGACCCGACUGAGCGCCGCGCAACGAGCUAGGGUCAAGGCUGAAUACGCUGCAGCGGGAAUCAAGCUCAUCGUCUCAGUAUUUGGAGCGACCGACGCACCUACCACUAAUGGUGCCGACCCUGUAAAAACCGCUAAUGAAAUGGCAGAUUGGGUAAAGGAAUUUGACCUCGAUGGCAUCGAUGUAGACUACGAGGACUUCGAUGCGGUAAAUGCAGGGGAUGGAGAAGCUGAAGCUUGGGUGAUUAGUUUUACUCGUCAACUUCGAGUAAGGCUACCUCAAGGCAAAUUCAUCCUCACACAUGCUCCUGUGGCGCCUUGGUUCUCCCCCAACAAAUUUGGUGGUGGCGCAUACGUGACCAUUAACAAAGCUGUUGGCCAUCUCAUAGACUGGUACAAUCUCCAGUUCUACAACCAGGGUGACACUGAGUACACCACUUGCGAGGGCCUACUGUUCACAUCAUCCAAGACAUGGCCCAAAUCGGCGUUAUUCCAAAUUGCCUCAUCUGGUAUUCCCUUUUCCAAGCUAGUGAUCGGGAAGCCAGCCACCUCCGACGAUGCAAGCAACGGCUUCAUGUCAACUUCAGAAUUAGCUACCUGUGCUCAAGAAGCUAAAAGACUAGGAUGGGGCGCGGGCGUUAUGGUGUGGGAAUUCCCCAACGCCAAUGCCUCAUGGAUCCGAACAGUAAGAUCGAAGGCGUUCCCAGUGUAA